AUGCCCAAUAACGAGCAGGGCGUCGAUACGACGGCGCCCACUGCGGGCACGUCGAGCGCAACAAGCGCACCAGCUGAACCAAUGAGCGCGCAAGAGAUGAUGCGAAUGAUGACUCAAGCGAUGGUUUCCUCAAUGCAGGAGGUCGUCAAGGAGGCGAUGCGCAAGGGAACCGCUGAGAUCGCUGUAUCAAGCCAUGCGGCCUCCACCACCACGGCAAGCCCCACCACCAGCACUGAACUGUGGAGACAUGGCAUGCAGGUGACACCCUUCGAUGGGACGCUGUUGGAUCUGGAACGUUUUGUCACGGACAUCCGACGCAAGCUUGAGUCAGUGACGGCACCCGAGAAGGACAAGGUCGACUUUGUGCUUGGUCAUCUGGGUGUCGCAGCGAGGCGUUACUGUAGCCAUGUCAAGUUCGAGACUGCGGAAGCUCUGCUGGAGUACAUUAUGAAUGUGUAUGGCGUCAAGAACAGCAAGAAUAACGCACUCAGGGAAAUCAUCCAAGCGGUGGCGGAUCCAAAGAUUUCUGCGAGGCACUUCAAGAAGGUCAUGCUGUUGAAUGUGCCCAAAGCGGAACUUACGGAUGAUUUGGUGAGGCGCUUCAUUGUGCUGCAAGCGGAAGACAAAGGCGUGCGCGAUGUGGCGAAGGAGCUGUGCAAGGACACCACCGAGAUGACGUGGAUUGAUGCAUUGAACGAGUUGGUCGAAAGCAUGCCGAGCAAG